CUCAGACGUACUAAAUAUAGAUGCCCCAUAGACAUGGAUCGUGUCUAACUCUUGUAAACAAGCAGUUAGAGCUAGAAAGAAGCACAACAUAUACCCAUCACAGACACCAUCAUGAGGGCAGAUAGGAUGGGAAUCGACGUUCCCGUGUAUGACCUCUCACUGAUACGUGAGCUCUGGGAGACCCGAGUGAGGAAGCACAAACAACGGCAGAAGAAGGAGCAGGAAAGGAUCAAUAAAAGUGCCCUGGCCAAGAUAAAUCAGCAAUGGCAGUAUCGUAUAACGUGCAGAAAAAUGAAGAUGAACGAAGUCAAUGCACUCCAGUGCUAUCUGGAGAGAUCAGCCUUUGCAGAAAUGGACAUUCUACCUACAGUUGACACAACAGGCCUUGACAGUGAAGAUAAGAAAUUCAUUUUUGAGCUGAAUGGAAAAAAAUGGAGGAAACUACCAGAAGAUCUUCAGUACAUGACGUUUCUUAGGGAAUGGCAUAUUCGUGGAACAAGAAUUCAAAAGAUUCCCACCUACAUUCAAGAGUUCGUGUCCUUGCGUGUCCUGGAUAUACCUAAAAAUGGAUUCACAAUCCUCCCCCCUGAGAUAGGAAAAUUGGCUAACCUGAAGGAACUGAAUGUGAAUUACAAUAAGCUAUCAAGCAUUCCUCCUGAGCUUGGAGAAUGUGAAAAUCUGGAGAAACUGGAAAUGACAGCAAACUUUGAUCUCAGUGAAUUGCCAUUUGAGCUGAGCAACCUAAAAAAACUUAAACAUCUAGACAUAGCAGAAAACAAAUUUUCCACCAUACCAGUCUGUGUGCUUCGAAUGUCAAGUCUGCAGUGGUUGGACAUCAGCAACAACAGACUCACAGAUUUGCCAGAGGAUAUUGACAGGCUAGAUGAGUUACAGACACUGUUCCUGCACAAGAACAAAUUGACAUACCUACCACUGAUAAUGGGAAAUAUGGAUGCACUCAAGAUGCUUGUUGUCAGUGGAGAAGAACUAAUCAAUUCACCUUCCAAACUCUAUGACAACCCUAACAUCAAAUUCAUCAGAUUAUUUGAUAAUCCCUUAAGCAAGAAUGUUGAUGAGGAUGAGAAAGCAGUCUCCAUUGAUGACACCACAGAGCAGGAAGAUCACGAGAAGGAGUUUAUACAGACGUAUAUUGAGACUCUAAAGGAUCGAGCUACGGCACCAACAUACACAACUAAGGUUUCCCUGACUUGCCUUCUUUAAUCAACCUGAAGACAAUCUGGACAUCAGCAAUAGGAAUAAUCACUGAAAAAGCUGUUAAACAAUAUAACCAUUACAAAAAUGAUCACUGUAAGAACUGAACACAAAAGUUGUUACAAUGUUACAACCAUUUUUGUAUGUGAGCUUUCACUUCAUAUCUCAGUCAUCCUGAUUUGCAAGAUGCAUGUCACUUUGUGUGGUUGUGUUCACAGAAGAUGAAGAGUUCUUUGUUUAUACAUUUUCUAGUUUAAAAUGUGUGAGUGCAUGACCUCUGCUGGCUGGUACUGAAUGAGCGAAUGCAGCGUGUCUUGCAAUAUUCAGUAUAUAUAGAUGACGACCACGGUUUCUAGGUCUAGUGUAUUUACGUGACCAAAUACUUGUUGCUGGACAAUGGCCUAAUCAGCUGGAUGCCAUUUAUGAGCAACUUAGGUGAACAUUCGGUUAAAGAUUUAAAGUGUAUUGAGGAUUAUGACUUUGUAAAAUAUCUUUCUCAUUAAGUCUCUUUGAACAAUUAAAAGUUAAAGGGGUACUUUG